AUGAAGAGGAGUGCUGUAGACAAUGUGAUUGAAGAAAAUUUGAAAAAGGCUAAACGAGAAAUGCCUAAAGAGGAAAAAGAAAGUAUUCUCGCAAUAUUAAAUGAAAAGGAAAAAAUGAAAAGUGCUCAAAACACACCAGUAGUACAGAGUACUGAAGCUGUUAAACAAUCACCAGUGCCAACACCAACAUCAGUGCCAACACCACCCGUGCCGCCGCCAAAGAAGAUUGAAGAAGAAAAAAAGACAACCCCCGCACCAAAGAAGAUUGACGAAAAGAAGAUUGACGAAAAGAAGGUUGAGUUGAAAGAAGAAAAGCAGACUGAGCAGAAAAAGAUUGAACCGAAACAAGAAAAGAAAGUUGAAGAAAAGAAAACUGAGCAGAAAGAAGAAAAGAAGGUUGACGAAAAGAAGCCAGAUGUGAUCAAGAAGCCCCCACUCAAGAAACCUGAAGAACCAAAACCAGUUAUCGCUUUGAGUCCUGAGAUGAAACAAUCAAUGGCCGAGUAUGCUGCAAUUGCAAAUAAUGUCUUGAAUCGACCUAACGAUGCCACAACUUAUAGGAACAUGAUGGAAGAGUUUGAACGUAUAAGAUCUCUAGUUUCUGUAGACAAACCCGACUAUGAUACUAACCAAUACCUUGGUUUUACAGUGCAAGAUGGAAAAGUGAAAAUUAACUUUUUGAAUCCUGCAGAAGUAUUAUUCGUAGAGUUUGAUAAGGCUUGUGGCUAUUUUUUGGGUUUUGAGGAUACUAUUGUUAGAGAAAGUAGUGUUGCCCCACAUAAAGUGGAUUUCUUUGGAGAUGUUAGUGUAAUCUACCUAUAUUCUGACCUUGUAGAUCCAAUCAUUGUUGGUAAUAGGAAGAGUAAUCUACUUUCUGUUAUCCCGUGUACUGGCAAGUAUGGCUCUAUAAUCUACUACACAGUGCCUAACCUAAGAUAUGUUCCACUCAUAAACAGUAAUAUUGAUAGUAUACGUAUUGAACUUCUCACUGAUGGCGGUGACCCCAUACCUUUUAGCUGGGGUACCACUAUAGCAGUCCUUCACUUUAAAAAGAUAAAGUAG